UCCACACACAAUUACGGCGGACAUCUAAAAGGGCAAGAAAGACGAGGCAAAUGAAAAGGAUUGGAUUAGAGAGUAUUUAGUAAUUGUGUUAAAUUAGAAAAACAUAUUUAACGUACGUAUAAAGAAUUCAUAAAUAAAUAAAUAAAUAAAUAGUGAUGGACACCGGCCAAUCCAACUAAUAGUCUAAUAUAUUUAGGAAUCUGUCUAAUACUCCGUAUAUAUUUAGGAAUCUACCUAAUAUAUAUUUUGGAAUACUUUGUAUUUUUGCAACUCUUCUACUCCGUAUUAUAAAUAUAUCUGUCAGGAUUCCUAUUGGAGUACUCUUUCCAAUUAUUUCACAUGGUAUCAAGAUCUCUAUGUUUGUAGAUACAAUUUUUUCCUCUUUUUCGGUUACCAUAAACCCUAGUACUGCCGCCACAUCUACGGUAGUCUCCGAUUCUUUGAGGAUGAGUGCGGCUGAUAUGGCGCAGAUCACCUUCUCCGCGUCGCUGAUCACGGUGCUUGCUUCCAACGUACCGAUGGGUUCGCCGCUUGCUGCUGCCUACGUCCGCUCAGCCCACCUUCUUGGCGCCGCUGACCAUGGUGCUUGCUUCCAGCGCACCGUUGAGUUCACCGCCCGCUGCUGUAGACCUCCAUUCUCUAGCCGAGUCCGGUUCGACCGCUCGCAUGGCCGUUCUAGAGCGCUACGCCUGUCCCACUCUCUCUGGCGACCCUGGCAUGUUCCCAUCGUCUUCUGCUGGGCCAGUUGGCCGUCAGCCGGGAUCCUCUCCGCUGCCCACUUCCUUCGUUGCUCUUGUCCAAGAUUGGUAUAGUUCGGUCCAUCUUGAAUUGGGUAUGCUUGGUAAGCUUGGUCCGAAAGAUUUGAAACGUGCAGCGACCGUGUGAAUAUUACAGUCCAUGCGUGCUGAACUAAUUAAACAUCUGGUACGCACGAGUAUAAGACUUACCAUUAUUGGAUUGACAGAGUCACUGUGAUUCAUAUCAUCUCAUAUGCCUUGUCGGUCGGGGAGGUGGAGUGCUUGGGCAUUUAACAUUUUGGAUGAAUAUAUAUGAGGCGUUGCGUUGGAGCCAUUCCAUUACGUUGUACGUACGGUAGUACUCCGGAUAUUAUAUUGAAGACAAUAAUAAUGAAUUUCACAAAUUGAAGUGUAUGUUUGAUCUUGUUGUGAAUGUAAUUAGCCAGUGCGCGAGUUGAGGCAUUAAAAAUGGGACGGGCGCCGCAGGAGAUGUUUCUGAUAUUCAUAUUAUUGCUGUUGUUAUCACCGGAGAGUGGAGCUGCUGCUGCUGGAGGUGGCCUUAAUUACCGUGAAGCCCUCAACAAAGACAUCAUCUUCUUCGAGGGCCAAAGAUCUGGGAACCUCCCCUCUUCAAACUGCAUGACGUGGAGGAGGGAUUUUGCGCUCUCCGACGGCUCCCUCCAACACGUGGACUUGGUGGGAGGGUACUAUGAUGCCGGAGACAACGUGAAGUUCAAUUUCCCGAUGUCGUACACCGCCACCAUGCUGUCGUGGAGCGUGCUGGAGUACUGCUACAAAAUGAAAUCGCUUGCGUAGACUAUUAACAUGUGUUGUGUUUGUUAAUAGUUUUGUGAUGGUUUCCGUUUUGAACUCAAGGACAGAUUGGUAUAGUUCGGUCCAUCUUGAAUUGAGUAUGCUUGGUAAGCUUGGUCUGAAAUAGAACUUUGUGGUUCUCAACUAUUACUUGUAUUAUUUGCAUGAUAUACUUGUAAUGGUUUGGCAAUGAUGAGUCUCCUCACAACCUUGUAUUGCUACUCUACACCACCUAGGACCAAUAAAUUGGAGAAUAA